AUGCCGCUCCUCACGCCAAAGGGCUACUGUAAUCACCUCAGAAAUGCCGUCAAGGCAACCCCUAGCAAAGGCUACUUAGCCAGAAGGCACCUCUCGGUCCAUCGCAUUGCUGGCUCCGUUGGUGCCGAGAUACACAAUGUCGAUAUAAGCGCUGCUGCGCUCGCCAAGAAUCCUGGAACCGUCAAGGAAAUCCGAGAUGCAUUUCUUGAGCAUCAGGUCAUCUUCUUCCGAGAUAAAGACUUAUCCAAUGACGAUUACCUAUCCUUCGCAUCACAAUUCGGCAAGCCUGCGGAAUACCCAUUUGUGCGUGGCAUUGAUGGCUACCCAGAGAUCAUCCGUGUCUUGAAGCAGGAACAUGAAACUGUCAACUUUGGUGGCGUCUGGCAUAGUGAUACAAGUUACUUCGAAGAACCCCCAAUGGCAUCCAUCUUGCUAGCCAAGGAAGUGCCACCCUUUGGCGGCGAUACACUGUUUGCGAACCAGUAUGCUGCUUAUGAUGCCCUCUCCGAUGGUCUCAAGCGAACGCUCGAUGGGUUGAGGGCGAUCAGCACUUCAGCCAAGGCAGAUGCCAGCAAGACUAGAGAAGAUCGUAUCCGAGACAGUGGUCACACUCAAGCAAAUUCAACGUUGGAGGCAUCACAUCCUGUGGUCAGAACUCAUCCUGAGACAGGCAGGAAGGCAUUGUAUGUUAAUUUAGCUCACACCUCCCACUUUGAAGGUUGGACCGAGGAUGAAUCUACUCCUCUCCUCAACUAUCUAUAUUCCCACCAGAUCAAGCCGGAAUUCACCUGCCGAUUUGUGUGGGCCAAGGGCAGCAUUGCCCUAUGGGACAAUAGGUGCGUCCAGCAUAAUCCCAUCAACGACUAUCACGGUUAUAGAAGGAGUAUGCUGCGCAUUACAUUAGCAGGUGACAAGCCUCGAUGA